AAGAACAAAAACAUUGUUUGGCUUCAGAAUCAGAAAUAACUCUUGGGAUCUGUCGGAGAUUGGGCCGAGGGAUAAUUGUUCGGCAGAAUGAGCGACGGAGACGACGCCGCGCGACGCCGUACCGCGGCGGUGGCCGACUACCGGAAGAAGCUCCUCCAGCACAAGGAGCUCGAGUCCCGUGUUCGAUCAGCUAGGGAGAAUCUAAGAGCGUCUAAGAAGGAAUUCAACAAAACCGAGGAUGAUUUAAAGUCUCUUCAAAGUGUAGGGCAGAUAAUUGGAGAAGUUCUACGACCCCUGGACGCCGAACGCUUGAUUGUCAAGGCAAGCAGUGGGCCCCGUUACGUGGUGGGUUGCCGUAGCAAGGUAGAUAAAGAUAAGCUUACUUCGGGAACUCGGGUUGUUCUCGAUAUGACAACACUAACCAUCAUGCGAGCCCUUCCCCGGGAGGUUGAUCCUGUUGUUUAUAACAUGCUUCAUGAAGACCCGGGAAAUGUUAGCUACUCGGCUGUAGGUGGGUUGUCUGAUCAGAUCAGAGAGCUUAGAGAAUCUAUCGAGCUGCCUCUUAUGAAUCCAGAACUCUUCAUUAGAGUAGGGAUCAAACCCCCAAAGGGUGUCCUUCUUUAUGGACCUCCCGGUACUGGCAAAACCCUACUAGCUCGGGCUAUUGCCAGCAACAUCGAUGCCAACUUCUUGAAGAUUGUUUCAAGUGCAAUCAUAGACAAAUACAUUGGAGAAAGUGCUAGGCUGAUUCGGGAAAUGUUUAACUAUGCCCGUGAUCACCAGCCUUGCAUCAUUUUCAUGGAUGAAAUCGAUGCUAUUGGCGGGCGUCGUUUUAGCGAGGGAACGAGUGCUGAUCGUGAAAUCCAAAGAACACUGAUGGAGUUACUCAACCAGCUUGAUGGAUUCGACCAACUCGGAAAGGUGAAAAUGAUAAUGGCGACAAACAGACCGGAUGUUCUUGAUCCAGCGCUUCUCCGUCCGGGCAGGCUGGACAGAAAGAUUGAGAUCCCCUUACCAAACGAGCAAUCGAGAAUGGAAAUCCUUAAGAUCCAUGCAGUUGGUAUCGCCAAACACGGUGAAAUCGACUAUGAAGCUAUCAUUAAACUUGCUGAGGGCUUCAAUGGCGCCGAUCUGCGUAACAUCUGCACGGAAGCUGGAAUGUCUGCCAUCCGAGCAGAACGUGACUACGUCGUCCACGAAGAUUUCAUGAAGGCGGUGAGAAAGCUGAGCGAGGCCAAGAAACUGGAGUCGAGUGCGCAUUACAACACGGAUUUCGGAAAAGACUGAGAUCAAAGACGAAAAAAGUCUCGAGCUUUCGAGACGAAGGCCGAGGGAUCCGAGGGCAGUGCAUGGAAUUUCCUCUUUCUACGCAAAAAAAAAAAAAAAAAAAAAAAAAAAAAACCGAACUCUGAAACCUACGAGGUAAGCCAGUGGAAUUGCGUUUCAGUGUUCUGAAAGUGCAUUUCUUUCUUUCAAAUGCUUGCUUCCUCGUUUGGUUUGUACUUGAACUGAUUACUCUUUUGCUUUAAAUUAAAGGUGAAAUUCUUGUUUUUUUUUC